AAAGUGUGCGCUGCUGCAUAGUCACUGUGCUGCUCCGGCUGUAAACAACAGACUGAGAUCCAGAGAAGAGUCUAUAGAAUAGCAAAAUUUACACACACGCCACGGUCCGCGGCGAGGUUCACAUGUGAGAAACCCUGUGCUGUUGUAACGCCGCGCAGUUUCGGCCGGAUUGGCGUAAAUUAAAAAAAAAACAGGGAGGCUUUUACACGGUAAACAGAACCGUAGCAGCCGGAGCUUAGCAUUAGCUUAGCGGAGAGGACCAGAGGCCUAAUACAGGCGGGAGCCUGGUUUCGCUGCAUGCCCGGACUGAAGCUUCUGGGCUGGGUCUUUCGGGCUGGAGCCCUGUAGCCUUCUAGGCCCUGUAAGGCACUAUUAUGGCCACUGUGAAGACUGGAGGAAAGGAGUGUGAAGAGGAGACACUACAGACUGCCUUUAAGAAGUUGCGUGUGGAUGCUGAGAGCUCUGGAACCACAGUGCACGUAUGCGAGGCCUUGGCAUCCAGAAAGGGACCUCGAAUCAGCACAGAUGGAGGCAAGCCCAAGAUUACUUCUCCAAAGGAGAACUGGCUCGGAUGCACACGAAAGUCCCCCAGAGGCUUAGUGAGAAGCCAGAGAAGGAGAAGAUCAAAAUCCCCCAUCCUCCACCCACCGAAGUUUACUUACUGUAGCUCCAAAAUGUCCACUCCUCCUGUACACCUUAAACACAAGAGCACUCCAGAGCUGGAGACUUCUGGUGCCUCUCUGGGGAUUUUAGCUAAGAAGGAGCUUCUUCCUUCUGGUCCCUGUUCUGUUUUUGGGGUUGCUGGUUAUGAUACACCUGUCACAGUUGCUUUAGAGAAACGAAGUUCCCCUCUCCUCCGCACUGGGACCCCUUCGGAUGAUGAGAGCAGUUCUGAGGGAGGGUCUUGCCCAGGAAAGGAAUGUUCUCAAGCUCUUUCAGAGGAGACUGGUGCUGCAGCGACUGUUUUGUCUGACUUUAAGUCUCUGUGCGAGCUUCAGGAGAAUGCUCACUGCUCAUGUUGCCAGGGAGAGUGCCAGUGCUCUGCAUGGCAAGGCGUGGAAGUCUAUUCGUUCACAGGCCUCCGAGACGUGAUUUCUGAAUGCGAGAGAAAGCUGCCUGGUCCUCCUGAUGUGACUCAGAACUCCAGAACUGGAAGCAACAGUGGUGCUGUACCGGGGGCGUCCACCUCACCUCGUUCAUGCUCUGAACAGGCUCGUGUCUACGUGGAUGACAUCACUAUAGAGGACCUCUCAGGCUACAUGGAAUAUUACCUUUACAUCCCUAAAAAGAUGUCUCACAUGGCUGAGAUGAUGUACACUUAAAUCAUUCAAGGAAGUAUUUAAAAUAAAAAUCUGCAUACUGAUUAGUUGUGAGGUUGUUUGGUAAAUUGGAGAAUUAUUACAGAUGAAUAUUGUGUGUAAUAAAAGAUGGGAAUGUUUAUAGAAAACAGCUUGGCAUGAAGACAUUAUUUAAGUUUAUUUUUUUUUUUUUAAACUGACUAGGAAACACUAAUGACUAACUUGUCAAUUGAUUUUUCUUUUUUCUUUAUUUUUUGUUACGUUUGCCUGGUUUCUAUACAAAAGUGCCAAAGCUCUGUUGCAGAGAUUCAUGUUUGAUUUUACUGGUAUAUGCAAAAUUGGAAUGCCAAGUAAAAUUUCUUAAUUACCAUGUGUUGUUUUUUUCAUUUCCACAUUGGUUCAUAAUAAAACAUUUCUUCUGGGGAAGGA